CCUUCAGCCCGGACAACAACGACAACGACCGCAACAACAAAAGCCAGAGACUUAUAUAUAUCCUACAGCUGCGGACACUUCGGAGCCUCUAAUAGCUGCAUCCAUUUGCAGCUUGCAUCAAGAAAGAUCUCCAUCAAACGUAUCAUUACUCCAAUUUCGGCUGCUGUCCGCGUCCUCGGCUUUAGGUUCUGGACUUUGGUCACCUAACCCAGCAGUUGCAAUAGGAUGACAGUGACGGCGACGGACAGGAGACAGGACGGACUCGAACUUUUUACAGCAGCACGCCACCUUCCUCGACAUCUGCACGGCACGCUGUCGGUUUUUUUCACCCCAUCAACUCCUUCGAAAAUCGGCCGGUUCAGAUCUUAGACAUCACGCUCUCUCUGGACAUAGACCAGACGAAUCGAAAGGCUUCUGCCAACCGACCGUCGCUUCGCUUUUCGAAAACACACGGAGACACAACCCCCAUCUCCAAUCAGCAAAAAUGUCCGAAUCCGACUUUGCAAGCUGGUACAGCUGGAUCACUGGAGCCAGCCUGCUCCCAGCAGAGUAUAGCCACGGUUUGGAAAUACUAACUGGAAUUUUUAAAACGCUGGCGCUAGCCCCCAUCCUCCCCAUCAUCGCAUUGGUUGUGUAUGAUUUCACCCUCUGGAUGUGGAGGCUCCUCGUCAUCGGCAGAAACCCGCAGCGAGAAGCUAUCGAGUACAUGACGGGGGGCAGUGUCGCAGCUAGCCCGAGUGGCAGUUCACCUGCAACGCCUUCGCACAUUGGUUCGCCGACUAAAGGAUCGCUAUCACCGACAAGGAACAAUUCGUCGACCUACAAGGACGCAGCGAUAAAGGGCACCACGACAGGCUUGGCGAUGAAUGGUUCUACACCGAUUGUGCUAAGGAAUGGGGGUGAUGGUGGAGAUGUCAAGGUUACACAGGAAGGAGUGGGAUCGCGACCAUGAUGGAUGGAACAUCCGCGCAGGCAUGGACGGAGGAAUAAGUGGUGUUAUCAAACAGCCUGGUACACAGAACAGC